AUGGCUGUAGCUUCUGUUUCAAAUCCAUUACCUGUUAGCCUCCAUGUCUCAAUCUCUGUGAACCCCAGUUUUCAGACAUGUGAAAUAGAUAUGUUGGGAGACUCCUGCUGGGAGCUGUGGGGUGAGGUGGCCAGGGAUGGAUACCAGGGAGGACCUGUAGUCCAUGCCCCACCCUGCGAGCCUAAUGCUCCGUCUCUCUGUGUCCCCUGCUCCAGUGGCUUCUCCUCGGUGGUAGCUCUGGGCGCGAGCAUCAUCUGUAACAAGAUCCCAGGCCUGGCUCCCAGACAGCGGGCGAUCUGCCAGAGCCGGCCGGACGCCAUCAUCGUCAUAGGAGAAGGCUCACAAAUGGGCCUGGACGAGUGUCAGUUUCAGUUCCGCAAUGGCCGCUGGAACUGCUCCGCGCUGGGGGAGCGCACCGUCUUCGGGAAGGAGCUCAAAGUGGGGAGCCGGGAGGCCGCCUUCACCUACGCCAUCAUCGCUGCCGGUGUGGCCCAUGCCAUCACAGCUGCCUGCACCCAGGGCAACCUAAGUGACUGUGGCUGCGACAAGGAGAAGCAAGGCCAGUACCACCGGGAUGAGGGCUGGAAGUGGGGUGGCUGCUCGGCCGACAUCCGCUACGGCAUCGGCUUUGCCAAGGUCUUCGUGGAUGCCCGGGAGAUCAAGCAGAACGCCAGGACGCUCAUGAACCUGCACAACAAUGAGGCGGGCCGGAAGAUUCUGGAGGAGAACAUGAAGCUGGAGUGUAAGUGCCACGGCGUGUCAGGUUCCUGCACCACCAAGACCUGCUGGACCACGCUGCCACAGUUCAGAGAACUGGGCUACGUGCUCAAGGACAAGUACCACGAGGCUGUGCACGUAGAGCCGGUGCGCGCCAGCCGCAACAAGCGGCCCACCUUCCUGAAGAUCAAGAAGCCACUGUCAUACCGCAAGCCCAUGGACACGGACCUGGUGUACAUCGAGAAGUCACCCAACUACUGUGAGGAGGACCCAGUGACGGGCAGCGUGGGCACGCAGGGCCGCAUCUGCAACAAGACAGCCCGCCAGGCCAGUGGCUGUGACCUCAUGUGCUGUGGCCGUGGCUACAACACUCACCAGUACGCACGGGUGUGGCAGUGUAACUGCAAAUUCCACUGGUGCUGCUAUGUCAAGUGCAACACCUGCAGCGAGCACACCGAGGUGUACACGUGCAAGUGAGCACAAGACCACACUGCAUGCGCCCUCAAGUCAGGUCCACUGUGGGGAGGACCAGUGUCCAGCUGCACUUACCCUGCAGGUCACUUCCCAGAUCUCCAUAGGGAACUGCAGGAAUGCUGAGCUUGUCUUUCCUGCUGUGGAGGAACCUGCACAGUUUCCUGCAGACACUUUGGGGAAAGGGCUCUCCAGAGCCCCUAAGCAUUCUAGUCCAUUCCCAGCCUGCUCCGCCCUACCCCAGACACUGCCUGGGCCUCCUCGCUGCAGCAGAGCCUUGCACAGCAGGAACCCUGGAUCCUUGGGCCUCAUCAUAGCAAUAUUUAACAAUUUUGAUUUAAAAAAUAAUAUUAAUUUAUUUAAUUAAAAAGAAUCCUUCCACCUCA